AUGUCUGUAAUUGUGGAUUGUACCCAUCUACGCCCGAGGCGAUUCACACCCCUCGACCCCGCCAGGAAGUCGGAUGCGCCACUGUUAAAGGGUAUUGUGUUUGAUAUGGACGGGACGCUAUGUCUCCCUCAACACCACAUGUUCAAGGAAAUGAGAGAUGCACUGGGCAUAGAUGGCUCUAUCGACAUCCUACAUCACAUCCGAGAUCUCCCCACACCAGAAGACCGAGCAGCCGCUGCCAAGAAGGUACAAGAAGUUGAACGACGUGCUAUGAAAGACCAGCAAGCCCAGCCAGGUCUUGUUGAAUUGAUGGAUUAUCUCAAGUCGCGUGAUCGAAAGCUGGCACUUUGCACACGGAACUUCCAAGCUCCGGUGAACAAUCUGCUUCAAAAAUUUCUCCCAACCCACAACUUCUUUCCCGUCAUUACUCGAGAUACACCUGAUAUUCUUCCCAAGCCUGAACCAGCGGGCAUCUUGCACAUCGCUCAGGAAUGGGGCUUGACAAAUGGGGCUGAAAAUCUCAUUAUGGUUGGGGAUAGCAUUGACGAUAUGACGGCGGGACACACUGCUGGUGCAGCCACGGUCCUACUUCUGAAUGAACGGAAUACUUCUCUGCGGGAACAUGCCCACACAGAUCUGUGUAUCAGUCGACUGGAUGAACUUAUUGAUAUCCUUGACAAAGGGUUCAUUGGCAGUCGAGGAAAUGAUGAGGGUGCCAAAUAA